AUGGCGAGAGACAGAGAGAGCGACGGGUUGGGCGCCAACCAAUCAAAAAAGCCACCCGCCGCAGAUGUGAGCGACCAACCACAGCAGCAACUUCCUCAGCAGCAGUACCGGGCGAAGGGCCAGAAACACGUCGUGGGCGGGCGUCUUCAUGCACGGAACCCAUCCUCGAAAGGUCUCCAGAAACACCAUGCCGCCACAUCAACAGCGAAGUUGAAUCGAAGACACGGGUCGCUUUCCCCCGAUCGAGGACCCGGCGCCGCGAUUGCGUCCCAUCACCACCGACGAGCGACCUCCGAGUUGAAACUGUCGCGCGACCCGUCCUCGUCCAAUCUCAAAAAGAACACCUCACAAACGAACUUGAAACGCAAUCGCUCACAGGCAGAGGUUGGAAAGAAGACAAAGUCGGCCAUCAACCUCCAACGUUCCAUAUCGAGUCCUGCGGUCCAUAAAUUGAGAUCCCCAGGAAACUCCAAGGUCCAAUUCAAUCUUGGUGACGAGGAGCAGAACGAGGACCAGGACGACGACGACGAGUGGGUAGACGCCAGCUCGUCUGCUUCACCUUUGCUCUCCCGCCGCGGGUCUGCCGUCAGUUCCGCGUACACAACCAAUGCCGCAGUCGACGACGAAGAUUCGCUAGUCGGGUCGCCGACGCCACACGCUGAGCUCCAGCGCACCUUGAGCAACGGGCCACAAACUGAUUCGCAAAACGGCACGCCAAACGGCGCGACAGGCGGCACACAGUACGCCGCCAGCAGUCUCCCUCGCAACAACAAAACGGCACACAACGAAUACCUAACAUCCCGAAUUUUGUCAAGAACCUCUUCAAACGGCGCUCCACCCAUGAUGUCGACCGAAAACGCCUCGGCCCGCCCGGCCUCCUUACGACAGCAGUCGCCUCCGGACUCGAGCCCGGGUCCGAGUCAAUACCUUUCCAAUACCCCCGUUACCACAACCCAGCCCCGGCCGGGCAGCAGUGGGAAGGCGGAGCUCACCUCUCGGUUUGUAGGAAACAAUAGUCAGGAGCCGGGAUCUGGGAUAGCGGGUGAAUCGUUCAUCCUGGCUGCGCACAGGAAUGGGCCACCAAGAGCCGGAUUAAAUACCACGGACGAUAUCAACCUGCCCAAGCGACGGCGAUCUGCGGGUGCCCUAUCACAAGCCCGAGGCAUUGACGCGUUAAACGCUCGUCGAGCGGCCGCGGGCAAUGCCAGCGACGAUGAGGAUGAGGACGACCGCAUCGCGCGGGUACCCCGUUCGCGACGCAGCGGCGAGUACGCCCUGCCGCGGGAGAUGAACAGAACCCAACAAAAGCUUAACCUGCAACGGGCGAGCUCGAGCCUAGAACCUCCCCACUCAGGGAUAGGAAUGGGCGCGCCAAGCGUCACCGCCGGCACCGGGCCCCUCAUAGGCGUACCGAACAAUUACGACACCCGCGACCCGCGCAUCAACAAAGCGCUUGAGCGAACAGGCAUGGAGUACCUCACAGUACGGCGCCACCUCAACCCCGUCGCCCGCUCCAUCGCCCGCGUCAUGCAACUUCCCGGCCUCGAAAACAGCCGCCGCAUCCCCCGCCCGGCCACCGCGUCCUCCACCCACCACGCCUCGCGCCUCUCGGAACAAUUCCACCCCAACCAGCGCGAGCCCCUCACCCGCAACUCCAGCGUCACCGACCUAAUGAACGGCGGCGCCAGCACCAGCGCCAGACGGCCCCCCACCCCACGAACCAACGCCACCACCAACGGCGUCUUCUCCACCCUACAGAGCGCCAGCUCCAGCCUCGGCACCGACGACGGCGACGAUCGCGUCAACGGUAGGAUACAACACCACGAGCGCCGGGCGCACGCGCUGGGCCAUAACCACAGCCACGGCCACGGCCAUGGGCAUGGGCUGAGCGGGGCGAGUCUGGUUGAUGGGGCUGAGGACGCGGGCACGGUGGCCCUGCUGCGCAUGAUGUGGGAGAAGAAUAAUAUGGAUUUGAGCGCGAGCAGCCAGGACUAG